AUGAUAACCUAAUUAUUCUAAAUUACCCUUCUCUUUGCUGGAAUAGUAACAGCAUUUGAUGCAGAGAAGAAUGCUUUAACUAAAGCAGAAAUCGACAUCAGAGAAUCAGUAUAUGAGGUUUCUGAUAAAUUAGAUGACUAUCUUAAGCAAAUGAUUGAAGAUAAAUUGGACUACGUUGUCGUAAAUGAUCUGUUUGGAUAGAAUUUCACAAGAUGUUUAUAUGAAGAAAUGAAAUGGGUGGAUGAGAACAAAAAGAAAGCCUUUGAGGAUGGGACAGUCAUUUCAAACGAUGGUUUUAAUGGAGUAGACUAUAAUGCUAGAAUAAGCAAAAUCUUUUUGUUUAAAAAUUUCAAAGCUGACGACUUCAAAAAUAUUCCCUGUGCAAUAGAACUGAGUGAGUGGACCAGAUUACUUCGAAAAAGUAUUGAUAAAUAUGUUCCACCUUAAUUUGAAUUGGACUAUGUGGAAGGAAAGUACAUUCAUUAUUUCUAAGGAGGGCUUUUCGUUCCUCACUAUGAUACUAUUGGUGAUCCAUAUGAGAACGCUUACUUCGGUAAUAGAAAUUAUGGUACAAGAAUUAUGUCAAUAUUACUCUAUUUAAACCCUGAUUUGAAAUAAUCUGAUGGUGGAUCUCUUGAAAUAUUAAAUGAGGAUAAAGAAAUUGUUGAUAGAGUUGUUCCCUCACUAGGGAAGACAGUAUUUCUUAGAUCUAACAAGGUACUUCACUCUUCAGAGCAAAUUAGAAGUGAAAAAAGAUCCCUUGUUCUAUUUUUCAACCUAAAGCAUAAAGAUUAAGUAGUACAGUGA